AUGACGGUGGCUCCAGGGAACCUGAUUGCUUUGCUUGCAGUGCAGCAGAAUGUGUCGGAUUUGCAAAAACAAUUGAACCUUUAUGGGAAUAUCGAUUAUGUCGUUGAUGAGGGUGCGGAACUGGCAGACGGGUAUCAACUCCCAGACAGCUGGUUUGCUGCCCGCGGUGUUGCCCGCGAUGAUCUGGAGGCCGCCGUCGCUGUCAAGCUACCGACUGAUCCAUACAUGCACGUCUGGUUCUACAGUUGGAAGAAUCUCGACACCAAAUCCCAGUGGCCGCAAAAGUUCAACCAGAUUGGUUCGCGGGGUCUGACACUCGUCUUCGACGACGUCGACAAGGAGCUGGCCCGGAUCCUGAAGGAGUUUCCAAACACCAAGGUCUUGCAGCAGCCCAUCAAGAUCCAACGCAAAUGGGGAGAGACGACCUCGGCCCUGGUUCACGACCCUGAGGGGACGUUUGUCGAGCUCGUCUCGAUCGCCAACAAUCCCUUGAUCGCCAAGGCACAGCCGGCUCUGCCUCAUCAUCGAAGUUUCCUGCAUUUCAUGAUGAACUGUGUCAAUUUCCAGGAAACGACCAAGUGGUAUCAAGCAUUCGGUAUGGAUCACGACCACGGAGUCGAUUUCAGAAACAUCCACCACGACGAUCAAUUCAACAGGGGAAUCGGAGGGAGAGACGUCUUCAUGAAUCAGAUGAAAACUUUCUCGCACCACGAAAACAUGUGGACCGAUUGCCAUUUCCUUCGCAGCCCAAGAGAUCCGAGUCACAUGCACCUGGAACUGCUGGAGUAUAACGACAGUGGAAGGGGACUGAAAGACCCAGGGCUCAACCCAACGUGGUUUCAGAAAGGAAUCGCAAGGUAUUGCAUGAAAACCCCGAGCUUUGAAGCCGCACAGCGAACGGCCAAGGAAAGAGGAUACAAAAUCUACAUUGAGGAGCAGCGAGGUGCUCUGAACUGGGGUGACUCACAGUGGUUCUUCUUUGGUGAUGUCGACGGCAAUUUGCUGACUUUGGAACAAUGGCAUCACCAAAGAUACUGGGGUGAGCGUGACUGA